AAACCUCCCAGAUUCAUUUGAAACUUGUCCCUCUUCAAUAGAUACAGAUCAGGUGAGCCUAUUGCACCAUGACUCAAAUCUUGGGUCUCAGAAUCCCCCAGAAAGUCUCCCAGAAAGGCAAACCUCCUGUUUAUGCUUCGAUCGUCGAAGACCUCAAGGCGUUUGUCACUCGCUAUCCGGCCAGAGAGAUCCAAUUCCGACAGGCCAUCUACGAUGCUACCAAUCCAGCCAACGGCGGAGCCGAAGAGAUGAAAGCGGAAGGCAUCAACACUUUGGAGGACUAUUUCCGCUUCUGCCAAGAUCUCCUCCACUGGGUUCCAACAGUCACAUCUGGGAACAAUGAGCUGCUGCGGAAGCUCCUGGUUUUCCACUGGGUGCUCAACCAGCCCAGUGUCAUUGACCUCCAGACUCCCGUCAACCCUGCCGCCACUAAUGACGAUCCGACAUGGCUCUCCUACUGGCAGGUGAGCUAUGCGCGCGAAAUCGGCCGUUGGCUGAGCACCAAGGAGUCUACGGGAGGGAUCUAUAGCUUCUAUGAAAACGCCAUGUUCAAUCAAGAGGCGCACCUAUGGCAAGACCCCCCGGCUGGAGGAUGGGAGUCAUUCAACCAGUUUUUCGCUCGCCAUUGGAAAGAUGACGACGUCGCCCGACCUCUAUCGGAGGAGGAUCGAGCAGAAAAUGUGAUUGUCAGUGCGGCCGACUCCUUUUUCAAUGGGAACUGGGACGUCCAACAGGGAUUCGUGACCAUCAAGGGUUUUGUGUGGCCGAUUUCGAAGCUCCUACAGAACGCAGCGGUAGACUUUGCCAGCGGUUCAUUCAUGAAUGCAUUCCUCACUCCGACUGACUACCACCGCCAGCAUGCCCCUAUCAGUGGGAAAGUCGUCGAAGCGCGAGUCAUCCAGGAGCAGGUUUACCUCCAGUUAACCAAGAUGAGUGAGGGGAAUGGCAAGGUCGGUUUGGCGCUCGACCGUGGUCUUUUGGUGCCACAGUCCUUGCGCAAAAAGGGAUUGGGCAAAGAGCCCCAAGAGCUGGAUGGCCCCGAUGAGCCCACCCACCAAUGGUGCCAGACUCGCGGGCUGAUUGUCAUCGAGAACGAGAUUUAUGGCAAAGUGGCCGUGUUGCCGAUUGGCCUGGCUCAUAUUUCAUCUGUUGUCCUGCACGUUGAGGUGGGACAGGAUAUUGUGAAAGGGCAGGAGAUCUCCAACUUUGCGUAUGGCGGAUCGGAUAUGGUCUUGGUGUUGCAGCAUCCAGUGGAAUACACGGUCAAUAAAGGUGACAAGUGCAACGUUCGAACUCGCAUUGCCACUUUUGGACCGCCGAAUUGAGCUCUUUCCAUGUGAGGUAUAUAUCUCAGCACAUCAAUGCAAUUUCAUUUCUUUCCAAUGAAUGACUAUUCAAAUCUCUGUUUUGCUCGUGCAGGAGAUAGGUGCACAGUGUGAAGAUCCCAAAAUACAUAAAGUAGAAUACUAGUAAAGAGAAGGAGAAAUCAUGAAGUAAGGAUAUAGUAUAUCAUUAUUAUAUUCCCCGCUCCUUUAAAAGACAACUAC